GGAGGUCACUCUCGCGGCACAUGACCUCGGCCAAGGGCGCGAGCGCCCAGCCGGGCAGCGCGACGGGCGCCUCGACCCCGUUCGCCACGGUGAACGUCUCCCCGUUCCUAUGGAAAACGUGGAACCUCGUCAGCGAUCCCAGCAGCGACCACAUCAUCUCCUGGUCCGCGCAAGGCCGCACGUUCACCGUGUGGCAGCCCGACCUGCUCGAGUCCACGCAGCUGCCCGCCACGUUCAAGCACAGCAACUUCGCGUCGUUCGUCCGGCAGCUCAACAACUACGGCUUCCGCAAGUGCCACAGCGACAGGUUCGAGUUCGGCGUGGAGGGGUUCGAGCAGGGUAAACCCGAGCUGCUCACCACGCUGCGCAGGCACGACGCGCCGCGAAACAAGAAGAAGGAGGCGGAUGGAGGCAAGUCGGCCUCCGCGGCGUCUUCGGGAAAGAAGGGCGCCGGCGUUAAGUCCGGCGGACUUAAAACUGCGCCGCACGUGCCCGGCAGCGGCUACGACGGACUGGAGCUGGGCGCGUACGGCGGCAUCACCAGCGAGGUGGAGCAGCUGAAGCGCGACAGGCUGCUGCUGCUGAAGGAGGUGAUGCGGCUGCGGGAGGUGCAGUCGCACACGCAGGAUCAGGUUCGCGAGCUGAGCGCCAGGCUGGCGAGCACCGAGCAGUUCCAGUCGCGGAUGAUGAGCUUCGUGGACGCGGUGCAGAGCGGCACGGGACUGAGCUUCGACGCGCAGGGCAUGCAGAAGUUCAAGGAGGUGGCGGCGACCAGGAAGCGUCGUCAGAUGUUCCUCCCGUCCUCCGCCGCGGCGCCCGAUCAAUCGGCUCCGGGCCAAAACCUAAACCUGCAGGGAAGCCUGGGAUCGGGCUCUUACAACGCCACGCAGGGAUUCUCGCUGCAGGAGAUGGACGACGACGACAUCCUCCCCGCGGAUCCCCUCGCGCCGGAUCCGGACGACGCGCUCACGUCGCAGAUGUUCGGACCCCUCUCUCCCAACCCAACCGCGCCCAUCCAACUCCCCGAGCACGAGUGGCUCGACAUGCUCGGCGGCGGAGGCGUCGACCCGACCGUCGGCAAGCUGGAACCCCGCGUCGGCGGUCCGCUGAUCAGAUCGGCGUCGCAGGACGAUGACGUGGGCGCCGAGGGAAGCGCGGAUCCCUUCGUGAGCUCCAUCCUGGAUCGCGGCCCGAGCCUCGAGAAGCAGAUGUCGCUCGGAUUCUUGGAGCGGAUGAGCUCGGCGGAGAUUGGGGACAUGGUCAAGGACAUGAACAUCAACCAGCCCUUCGACGACGAGUUUGCCCGACGGGUUCGCGAGAUCAAGAGCUGAGCCGCGCGCCGAGAACCGCGAGCGACGCGCAAGCACACAUAGCCCUCGAGGGCGUGGACAAAAAUCACUGAGGAUGACUGACGACUGAUACAACCGAUGAAGCACACUAUACAUAUCGAUUCGACUGGAUGGACUCUUUAACUUUUUGUGCAACUUCUCUCGAAGAUAGCACGUAGCAGACGGACCCGCGCCGCGUCUUCAACAACGCACGACGAAGAAUGACGAGGCUGGAUAGCCAUUAGCAAGUCUUUUUGAUCUUUCGUUUAAUGCGACGCGAGCGGUAGAGUC